AUGGAUGUGGAGUUGGUGAAAGGGCUGUUGGAAACCAUUCAAAAUGCAAUGGUUUCAAAUAAGCGGUACGACAACGUAGCGGUGCCAAUUUUCGACCCGGACAAAAGCAGCGAUAGAGCAGCUACCUCGUACGAUAAGUUGGGAGACGAGGUUAAAUGGAGCAGCUUUGAGACGGUUGCAAAAGCCGGCGAUAAAAAUAAUAAUAAAUCUAUCUCUCAUGAUAUGCUCGAUGAAGCAAUGUUCGGUUUUCCAAUGAAAAUGGACGUCGCAACUUCAGCGAUCGUUAGAGAUACGAUUGGAGUUAUAAGAUCUAAAGAUUUGGAUAAUUAG